AUGGCUCCUCUUCGCCUCGCUAUUCUCGAAGCCGACACCCCGCAGCCCCAAACUCGCGAUCGCUUCGGUGGCUACACUGGUGUCUUUACUGCGCUCCUCCAGGAAGCUGCAAAGCCUCAGAAGCUUGAGGAUCUGGUUACUAUCAAGGGAUACGAUGUCGUGAACGAAUUACACUCUUAUCCAUCCCUCGACGACAUCGAUGCGGUUCUCAUCACUGGCUCUCGACACACAGCGUUCGACAACGACCCCUGGAUCAUCAAGCUUGUCGAAUUCACAAAGAAAGCCAUUGACACGAAUCGCAUCAGAGUCGUAGGCGUAUGUUUCGGCCACCAGAUCAUCGGACGAGCUGAGGGCGCCAAGUGCGGACGCAGCAAUAAGGGAUGGGAGGUUGCAGUCACAGAAGUUGAUUUGACGGACAAGGGCAAGGAGAUUUUCGGGUUGGACAAGAUGCGCAUUCACCAAAUGCAUCGUGACAUUGUGGACGACUUCCCCAAGGGCUCAAUUCCUCUUGGUUCCAAUGAGAUCUGCGAAGUGCAGGGGUUUUACUCACCUGGAAGAUAUCUCACUGUCCAAGGACACCCGGAGUUCACCAAUGAGAUUAUUUCCGAGAUUCUCUUCAACCGUCAUACAGUCGGCAUCUUUACGGAUGAAGUGUAUAACGAGGCUAUGAAACGCGCGCCACUUCCCCAUGAUGGUGUUGCUAUCGCCAAGGCUUUCCUCAAGUUUUAUCGAGAGGGUUAG